ACAGAGCUGUCUGCAUGUUCUUCACCCAGAUUUCGCUCGCACCAACCUCUAUUUCUUUUGGAUGCUUUAACAACCAAUGACUGAAGAAGCUGUGCCGAUCCAGAUGCCAAGGCGAGAAGGAAACAAACAGAUAAGGAAAUAAGAAAGAGGAAAAAAGGACAGACAUUCCAUCAUAGCUCCCGUGGAGCUUCAGAAGGGACGAGCCUACCAGCCGUAAUUUCUAAUCGUGGAGAAAGGAAGACCAGCGAGGAAGACACAGGAAUGAGUCCGCUGAGAGGUUUCCCCUGGCUUUUGAUAUUCUUCUGUGCGGCAGCUGUGUGUGCAGGUGUGGGUGGUGCAAAAGUUGACAAUGUGUCAUCAGAAAUCUGUCGUCAUCCGUGCGAGGACCUGGUGGGCUUGCUCACUGAGAUCCAAGGCCUGCGUAUUGUGACCAGCAACCUGCUUGAGGACCUGGAGAGAGUAUCAAGAGAAAAUGAAGAGAUGCGCAUAUCUUUGGCUGAGCUGAGCAACAGCAACAGCAACAGCAACAGCAACAGCAACAGCAACAGCAACAGCAACAGCAACAGCAGCAGCAGCAGCAGAGGCCGUGGCCGUGGCCGUGGUGAUGGCCGUGGUGAUGGCCGUGGCGAUGGCCGUGGCGAUGAUCGUGGCGAUGACCGGAGUGAUGGUCGUGGCCAUGGUCGUGGCAAUGGUCAGGGCCAUGGUCGUGGCAAUGGUCGGGGCCAUGGUCGUGGCCAUGGUCGUAGCGAUGGUCGUGGCGAUCGCCGGGGCGAUGGUCGUGGUGAUGGCCGUGGCGAUGGUCGAGGUGAUGGCCGUGCCGAUGGCAGCGGUGAUGGCAGCGGUGAUGGCCGUGGCGAUGGUCAUGGUGAUGGCCGUGCCGAUGGCAGCGGUGAUGGCAGCGGUGAUGGCAGCGGUGAUGGCCGUGGCGAUGGUCAUGGUGAUGGCCGUGCCGAUGGCAGCGGUGAUGGCCGUGGCGAUGGUCAUGGUGAUGGCCGUGGCGAUGGUCAUGGUGAUGUCAAUGAUCUUGACAGAGAUCGAGACGGGGAGAUCUGGUGUGUGCAGGAUGGACGAGUGUAUGAGCAAGGGGAGAAUUGGGAGGUGGACAGCUGCACCUCCUGUACUUGCCAGGAUGGAAAGGUGGUGUGUCAGCAGGUGUCUUGCCCUCCUGUAUCCUGCAUCAAUCCAUCUUUUAUCGAUGGAACGUGCUGUCCUGUCUGUCAAAAUAAUGAAGAUGGCUGGUCUCCGUGGUCCGAGUGGACCUACUGUUCUGUAACCUGUGGACGCGGAGGGCAACAAAGGGGCCGAUCCUGCAAUGGCAUCAUGCCAUCCUGUGCAGGCCCGUCAGUCCAAACCCGCAGCUGCAUGCCGAUGAAGUGUGACCGCAAGGCGCGUGCUGACGGGAACUGGGGCCUUUGGUCUCCCUGGUCUGCCUGUACAACCACAUGUGGAGAAGGCAAUAUCACACGGGUACGUCUCUGCAACAACCCUCCACCACAGAAGGGGGGCAGAGGGUGUACGGGCAGCGCCAGGGAGACAUCACCUUGCAACAAUACACUCUGCCCCAUCGCUGGAGGCUGGACAAGCUGGACUGAGUGGUCACUGUGCUCAGAGUCGUGUGGGGGAGGUCUUAUGAGUCGCCAGCGGGAUUGUUUGAACCCCGCCCCUCAGAAUGGUGGGAAGCCUUGUGCUGGAGAUGCUGUGGACUAUGAAGGAUGUAACAAACAACCAUGUCCUAUAGAUAUAUGUUUGAUCUCAAAUCCAUGUUUUCCUGGGGUGGACUGCACAUCACAUAGUGAUGGAUCCUGGGAGUGUGGACGCUGUCCGUUGGGUUUAAAUGGCAAUGGCACUCACUGUGAAGAUGAGAACGAGUGUGAAGUGGAGGGCAUGUGUGUCACUGAGUGUGUAAACACAGACCCUGGUUUCUACUGUCUGCCCUGUCCUCAUCGCUAUAAAGGAACCCAGCCAUAUGGCCUUGGACUGCAGGAAGCGCAGACAACCAGACAGGUUUGUGAACCAUACAAUCCUUGCAAAGACAACACACACACCUGCCACAAGUAUGCUGAGUGUGUGUAUCUGGGCCUGGCGUCUGAGGUUUUGUACAAGUGUGUGUGCGCUGUCGGGUUCGCGGGCGAUGGAUUUCUGUGUGGUGAAGACUCUGAUCUAGAUGGCUGGCCCAACAACAGAUUAACCUGCAAGCAGAAUGCAACCUAUCACUGUCAAAAGGACAAUUGCCCCAUGCUACCAAACUCUGGACAGGAAGACCUGGACAAUGACGGACAGGGAGAUGCCUGUGAUCCUGAUGAUGACAAUGAUGACAUCAUAGACGAGAGGGACAACUGCCCGCUGGUUUACAACCCUAGGCAGUUUGACUCCGACAGAGAUGGGGUUGGGGACCGCUGUGAUAACUGUCCAUUUGAUAGCAACCCGCUGCAGACAGACACGGAUGACAAUGGAGAGGGAGACGCCUGCAGCAUCGACAUUGAUGGAGACGAGGUUCUGAAUGACCGUGACAACUGUCCCUUGGUCUACAACACUGACCAGAGGGACACAGACUUGGAUGGUGUUGGAGACCAGUGUGACAACUGUCCCCUUCUUCACAACCCACUGCAGCUAGACUCUGACAGUGACCUGGUGGGGGACAUGUGCGACAACAACGAGGACAUUGAUGAGGAUGGCCACCAAAACUCUCUAGACAACUGUCCCUACAUUGCCAAUAGCAACCAGGCUGACCAUGACAAGGACGGGAAGGGAGACGCCUGUGACCAUGACGACGACAACGACGGUAUCCCUGAUGACCGGGACAAUUGUAGACUAGUGCCCAACAGGGACCAGUUGGACUCUGAUGGUGAUGGUAGUGGAGACGCAUGCUUUGACGACUUUGACAAUGACAGUAUUCCAGAUGCGCUGGAUCCCUGUCCGCUAAACCAGGAUAUUGGGUCCACAGACUUCAGGAAGUUUCAGGUUGUUUUGCUGGACCCAAAAGGCACAACACAGUCUGACCCUCUGUGGGUGAUCCGCAGCCAAGGCACCGAGCUGCUGCAGACAGCCAACUCGGACCCUGGCAUCGCUUUAGGUUAUGACAAGUUCAGCUCGGUAGACUUCAGUGUGACAUUUUAUGUUAAUACCAACCGAGAUGACGACUACGCAGGCAUUGUGUUCGCCUACCAGUCCAGUCGACGCUUCUAUGUUGUCAUGUGGAAACAGGUGUCUCAGGCCUACUGGGAGAAAAUGCCAUCCAAAGCUUUUGGCACGGCAGGAGUCUCAAUCAAACUGGUCAACUCCACCACAGGACCAGGGGAGUAUCUACGUAAUGCCCUGUGGCACACUGGAAACACCAGACACCAGGUGAGAACUCUGUGGCACGACCCCAAUAAAAUUGGCUGGAAGGACUUCACAGCCUACCGCAUGCACCUCAUCCACAGACCCAAGACCGGGUUCAUCAGGAUGGUGGUGUAUGAGGGCAGGGACAUUUUGUCCGACUCGGGGGCGGUGUACGACCACACCCUGGCUGGGGGCAGACUGGGACUGUUUGUCUUCUCUCAAGAACACGUCCUCUUCUCAGACCUCAGAUAUGAGUGCAGAGAUAACUGAACAUCCCACCAGAGAUCUACAUUAAUUUCAUGGAAAUCUUUAUACAAUUAAGAGAUAGAGAGCGAGAGAGAAAGAGAGAGAUGAUGCACCAGACCCAGGCUUUUCUCCUGCCAAGACUAUCAAUUAGUGACCAUCAUCUAUCUAUCAGCUUUUAAUGCGACUGUAUUGAUUUCAGGCUGUCUCAUUCGCUGCUUAUUACUGCAAGACUCAGACAGUAUCACUAGUGACAGUAACCUCUAGUUGCUUUUCAUUUUGCUUUUUGCUAAUGUUGUAAAUAAUUAUUUAUUGCCAGAUGCCAGAUAUGAAAGGGAGAGAUGGGAGAAUAAAUUGAUGAUGGCAUAAGUAGAGCAUGUGCGGAUGUCUGGUGGUAACUUAUCAAUAAAAUACUUUUUUUUCAA